AUGGAAACGCCGCUGAAGAACAAAGUGCUAACCAAACUCCACCAAGGGGAUGGCUUCCUGACACCGGCGGCCAGUUCCUCCGCCUCUGGGAAUGAACGUUCCAGUCGGCAUCUGACCAGCGUCACGAAGCUGCCGUCGUCUCCAUUUCUGAAGAAGCUCGGCUUCGGGACGGGCGUGGAAGUGCUCCGAAUAAAGCGGUCCCCAACGAAGAACUCCACCCGGUCGCCAUGGGCCAUCAAGAUGCUGUCGCGGCGGAACGAUCCGGAGAAUGCCAAACUUUUCGGGGACCGGCUGACCAGGGAGGCGGGCAUCCUGAAGCAACUCAGCCAUCCGAACAUUGUCGGAUAUCGGGGAUUUGAUUCGCUGGAAGCCGGAAAGGAAUACAUCGCGAUGGAGUACUGCAACACUUCCCUGGGGGAUUUGCUGCAGGCGCGGUACGACGAUGGGUUGGGCUCCCUGGAGGCGGCAAAGAUCCAGCGAAUGUCAUUGGACAUUCUGAAUGCCUUGGAUUAUUUGCACACGGAAGCCCUGAUCCUGCACGGAGAUUUGAAAUCCUUCAAUAUCCUGGUCAAGAACGACUUCGAGAUUUGCAAGCUGUGUGAUUUCGGCGUAAGUUUGCCCCUUACUAAGGAGGGAUUCCUGGACACGGAGAAGAAAAAGGACGCCCAAUACGUGGGAACAGGAAUUUGGUCCGCUCCGGAAGUCCUAGAGGAAGAUGUGACGCUAAUCAGUUCCAAAGCGGACAUUUUCAGUUUUGGGUUGGUGGUUUACGAAACUAUUUCCCUGCUGCCGCCGCACACGUUCCCGGGGAUGAUGGACGAAAGCAUUGCCAGCUCGGCGGAUUACGCCGUCAUGAAGUCGAUAAUCCGGGGAAAUUCCGAAGGCAAGCCCACCACCAACCGGAAGUUGGACGUUAGCGAGGUGAUUGUGUUGGAUGACACCGAAGAAGAGAAGGACACUUCCAUAUCCGGUUCGGCCAAAAAGAGGAAAAUGGCCUUCAAAUCCUUCCAGAGUGAACAACCCGCGAAGAAAGCGGCUCCGGAGCCGGAUUCAACGACGGACAGCACGGUGAUAAGCGUGCCGGAUGACAGUAUUACGACGGUGGACGAUAGCGCCAUCACAAUCGACGAUGAUGAUGAAGAAGGUGAGGAAGAGGAAGACGACGCGAUAGAGGAUGAGGACGAAGACGAGGAGUACGAUGAGGACGAGGAAGGAGAUUACCUGGACUACGGAAGGCUGGGAACCAGACCGGCCAUUCCGGACGGUAUCAACCUCUCCGAUGAGUACAAUUUUAUCCUGGAGAUGUUUUACGUGUGCACGCAGGAGGACUAUGAGGCGAGACCAUCGGCAAAGACCCUGCUCGAGGCCUGGCACAAGAAGACCGGGAAUGGGGCACUGGCGACGGCCAGUGACGACGCUAAAGAUCUGAACAAGAAUGAGACGGUUGGGGAGGAACAGUAGACGAGGACAGAAAAACGAAGGUAAGAAAUAAUUGUUGCAAAUAGUUAAGAAGUAAUUUAAAGAAAAUUUCAACGUUUAUUCAAAUUAAGCGGACAAAAUAUAUUUUCUACAGUUCACAAUAAUAAUCAGGA